CAUUACUGCAAUGGAAUAUCUCAUUGGUUACAGCGCUCAAAACAAAUCGAAAACGUCCAGUUUUCCAGUGUCCUAUCUCGCUAUUUGGUGUUUUUCUCCACGAUGGCACAGCAAGGGGCAGCGUUACAGAGUUAUAACAACGAGCUAGUGAAGUGUAUUGAGGACCUCUGUGCCAAAAGAGACGAGCUUCACCGGCAGAUCCUGACUGAGGAGGAGGAGAAAACCAAGAUCCAGAACGACAUCAGGAUUCUGACAGAAAGACUUGCCAAGGUGAAUGAAAGUUUGAGUAAGAAGAUGGCCACCAGAAAUGAAUUUGACAGGACGAUAGCAGAGACAGAAGCAGCAUACAUGAAGAUCUUGGAGAGUUCUCAGACUCUGCUGAACGUCUUGAAGAGGGAAGCCACGAGUCUGAAGGAGCCGACAGCAGCCUCCUCCUCCCCUCCUCCACAGAAGGGGACCAAGAAGGACCAGCCUGCUUAGCUGAACCCCUCCCCCUUUUGUAAUGUAUAAAAAUAUGAAUAUCACUAUCAACCUUAAGCCUUCCCUGUGAUACCUGUGUAUGAUACUAUUGAUAGCUGGGCAGAUAUUCCAUAUGGCAGAAUCAGUUAUUCUAUACACUAAGAAAUAGUGAUUCGAGUAUCUGUUGACAGAGAUCGCGAUCACUUAUUCUGCCAGACUGGAAUAUCUACGUAUACCCAAUAAUACACAGGUAUUACAGAGAAGGCUUAUAUAUGUAAUGUGUAAAAAUCUAAAUAUCACUAUCAUUAUCAUCUGCCAAAUAGCAAUUACUAAAGCAACUGCAUAUGAUCUCGGAAACGGUCAGACAUUUCACAUAACAUCCCUUAUCUUUUGUCAUUGACACUGGAUGAUUGAAACAUAAAUAUCACAAUCAUUAUCAACCGCAGUAUAGUAUUUUAACUCAAGCAACUGGAUAUGAUUUUGGAAACGGUCAGACGUUUCACAUAUUAAAAUCCGUUAUCUUUUGUCAGUGACACAGGAUAAUCGAAAUAUAAAUAUCACAAUAUCAUUAUUAUCCACCAUAUACUAUUUUAACUCAAGCAACUGGAUAUGAUUUUGGAAACGGCCAGAUGUUUCAAAUAGCAUCCACUAUCUUUCAUCAAUGACACUGGAUAACAGAUGUUAAUUAAUAUCUGAAACAUCUGACCAUUUCGAAAAUCAUAUCCAAUUGCUUGAGUAAUAAUGCUAUUUGGCGUAUCUUAUUACAUGGAUGUCUA